GGUAAUUUAUUUUUGUCGCGAAUACCCGUACGGCACUGUUUUGGUGGAAUACGAGUUUAUCCCGGUGUGAGCAUGGCGGCAAGCGUGGACGUAUUCUAGUUUUGUGAUUUUUUUCCAAUUAUCUCGAACGUAGUUUUUCUUGAUGCAAUUCGAAAUCGAAAAAUAGUGACUCGGUCGAAAUAGUGAUAAUAGUGAAAAUGUAAAUAUGUGAGUUUACGGGCUGAAAAACAUUGAAUAAAUAAAGUGCCCGGGCUUUCAGAAUUCGUAAAUUAUGGCGUCGAACGACGAAAAUUCGUCGGAUGAGGAAAACAGGGGUUACUUUCGAAAAAGUAACGUUUUCGAGCCUAUAAACGAGUGCGAAAUGUGUUUUACGACCUGGGCAAAGUGUGCCUGCAAGGUGUCCAACAAUUUCCCCGUCUCCAAUGGCUCAAAGAGUACUUUAUCCAAUGGGCAAAGACUUGCGAGCUUCAAUCACAAAGACGACAGUAGCGAAAAGAGUCGGAUUUCGGGGGACGAUUCCUAUUUGCUUGGUGUCGGGUCCAAUGAUUUAACUUUCGAAAACACGCGAUUCAGUGAUACAAUAAAUUCUCCCUUGAGUAAGGCCAACAAUCAUAUCAUGGACAUAAUCCCAGAAGACGAUGACAGUGUUGGUUUCGAAAGGGAAAAGUCCUAUUUAAGCUCCAGCGAUGAUUUAACAGAGAGCCUGGACAUGGGCCGGAAUUGUAAGGAUAGUGUUUUUAGUGAGUUUAAUAAUAAAUAUCCUGUAUUGUUAGGUGAUAAUGAUAAUGAUAACAAAGGGAACUGCAUAGUAUUCAAAAAGGAAGUCGUGUCUCCCAGUAUCGAUUCGGAGAGUUCUUCGAAACACUCAUUUCCUGAAACUAAAUCAGGUGACGAUGAAAAAGCCUGUGAUCAAUCAUGCAAUAUUAGUGAUGUAGAUGUAGACUCUAAAGAUAAUAUAAAGCCUGAGACAUCUCUAAACUGUGGCCUUUUAAACGAGAAUGUGAAUAACAAUAAUAUUAAAAACGCAAAGCAGGAACUCUGUUCAAAACUUAUAGAAAAUCUGGAUUAUACCUUAUUGAAAGGAAAACAAGGCAUUGAUUUACUUACUGCCAUCGAAGAGCAAACAAAUGUCAAUUUGACAGUUACUCACCACCCCUCUGAGUCUGUCAGCAGUCAGGAAACAAUGUGUUCACCAAGAAAAAACCGAACAAGAUCGGUGGACGUCAUAUCAAACCCCAUCAUCGGCAUUAAAAGAGCGCAUUCCGCCGACGUGGACGAGUCCAACAUCAAACUAAGAAAAAUCGACUUCAAACAGUACAAAAAAGUCAAUCUCGAGGUCAAACCGGAAAAGAAGAAGGACGAGAAAAGUCGGCAUUAUAAAAAAAGUGAGAAAAAAUCGCGAAGGAAGUCCAUAAGUACACAAACCAAAAUUUACGAUCAAGUAAACAGUUUUAAUGAUCAUAGUGGGGACAUUCCACCGAGAAUUUUGACCAAUGGAAACUACAGCCACCCACCUGAGGAUAAAAACCUGAAGUACCGCGGAUUUUACCACGUGGAAUCGCACUCGAACGGAGGCGCGAAAAUAUUGCGGAUGUACCACGACGAGAUAAAACAUCUGAACCCCACGGAAAUGAAGGAACUCGCGUUGGAAUUCUUUUCGCUCGCCUUUUCCGAAGAUAAAGACGAGUGCGCCAGAUUCGUGAUAGCCGUGGUGCACGGUUCCGCCGGCUAUUUACCCGACAUCCUCGAGUACAUGGCCGAGACUUAUCCGAACUUGACGGUCAAAAACGGACUUCUCAGCAAAAGUUCCGACAUUGAGACCACCACUCUAUCGGCUUAUAACGAAAACGUCGUCAAGCAUUACGAUACGGGGACUGUGAGAUACGGUCCUUUGCAUCAAAUCAGUAUUGUGGGGACUGCGCACGAAGAAGUCGGCGGAUAUUUUCCCGACGUGCUGGAGCUCUUGGAGGAUAAUCAGUUUUUAGAAUUGACGAUGCCGUGGGGCGGUCUUUCGAUAUGCGACCAAAUGAAGCCCACGGAAUCCAAUGACGGCCCGAUAAUCUGGUGCCGACCGGGUGAACAACUGGUGCCAACUGCCGAUCUGAAAACCCCCAACAAACGAAAACGGACCGGCAUAAACGAGCUGAGAAAUCUGCAGUAUUUGCCGCGCAUGUCCGAAGCCAGGGAGCACUUGUUCGAAGACCGCACCAGGGCGCACGCCGACCACGUGGGCGCCGGUUUGGAUCGCAAAACCACGGCCGCGGUCGGCAUCCUGAAAGCCAUACACGGCGGGAAAAACGAGGGGCCCCUUAACAGAAUAACGAAGGAUGUGGUCGCGUUUUCCGCCAGGCAUUUCGAUGUUUUGGCGGAAAAGCUGCAGUUGGAUCUGCACGAGCCUCCAAUAUCGCAGUGUGUAACUUGGAUUGAGGACGCGAAGCUGAACCAGCUGAGACGGGAGGGCAUAGAGUAUGCGAGGAUAAAUUUAUACGACAACGAUAUUUAUUUUCUGCCGAGAAAUAUAAUACAUCAAUUUCGUACGGUUACGGCGGUGACCAGUAUAGCAUGGCAUGUGAGGCUGAAGCAGUAUUACAAGAAAGAAGAGUUGGAGCCGUCGCCUGAGCCAACACCCAAAGAAAUUUGUACAAAAUCCGAUGACCAGCAGCAUUACAAAAAGGACGUUAAAGUCGAGAAGGUCAAGCAUAAGUUGGACUUUGAGUUUAAGAGUCAAGAGAAGAAGAUACACAAUUCCGACAAGGAGAAGACAAAGUUGAAGGAGAAAGAGAAAACGCGCGACAGAGACAAGGACAGGAAGCGCGAUAAAGACAGAGACAGGCAUAAGGACAGGAGGGACAAGUCGAAGAGCGACAAAGACAGAAGGCAUCACCACUCGUCGUCGUCUUCGUCGUCGCACAGGCGCGACAAAGACAAGGACAAAUCUCACCGCAGAGAUCACGACCGGAAAAGCGACAAACACCGGUCCAGCGACAAGAAACAUUCGUCUUCUUCGUCGUCGUCGAAAUCGCACCACUCGUCGCAUCACAGAGACAAAGAGAAGAAGUCGUCGUCGCAAAAACCGUCAAACGGUAGCAGCGGUGAUUCCCCCUCGAAACUGCCGACUGCCAAAAGUUCCAGUACGAGUAUCGGCGAUUUGUCGUCGAGCCCGCUUAAAACCAACACCAGCGAUUCGACUAGGUGCUCGAGCGAUUCGGGCACGCUACUCAAACACCCCAGCACCAGUAGUGAUUCGCCCGUGAAAAAACACAAAGAUAAAAUCGUAAAGGUGGUGAAGCCUGCAGCUCCGCAGUCCACCGACAUCCUGGGCGACAUUUUGAAGAACAUGAACAAAUAACCUUCACAUAGAUGUAUUUGUUUAUACAUUUCUACAAGUCUUCAGUGCAUCAUUUUAAGCGGAAACGUCUUAGUUCAUCAUAAUUCACCAUCCCAAUAGAAUUGCAAUGGUUUACGUAACGAAAAGAAAAUACGGUGUAAACAAAUAUUAGAAAUAUUCCCCUAACACCAAAACAAAACACAAAGUGCUUAAAAUGUUGGAGAAUAUUU